CUCAAUUGUUUCAGGUGUCCCACAGAUCAAUGCUUGCCAUGCCAGCAAGGCCUGCCGGCUGGCUGUGGAAUGCAUAGACCGGCUCCCCCGCUCCUCCCCCUGGAUCAAUUACAGACUAAAAAAGUCAGAUAUUCAAUUACAGUUGUUGGAUAAAUAGGUGUACAAUUUUACAUAUUUUGAAGUUUUCAAGCUAAACAGAUCCAGGGAUUGGACGGCGUAUCAACACCCACGCACACAGCAUCAACGACCUGCUGCAUGAAAUCGAUCUACCUCAAACUUUUUACGUUGGCCUGUAUACUGGCCCAGGUACUUGCCGACGAAUGUAACCAGGAGUUGAAGGUCAAUUCGCAACAAGACCUGGAUUCGAUACGUCAGUGUCGACUGUUUACGGGCACGAUUACCGUGGAUCAGACCGACGCGUCUUCGCUCAAAUUCAACGGUGUGGAGACGUUGGAUGGUAGUGUUAUCCUGACAGGCAAUAAUGCAUUAACACAACUGUCCUUUCCUCAACUUGUGUCCGUGAGCAAUCAAAUCAAGUUGGAAAAUAACAGGGCCCUCGUCUCGGUCGACUUUCCCAUGUUGCAAAGCGUUCGAUCAUUUGAAAUCAUCGUGCAUCCAGCUUUGCAAGCGCUCAGUUUCCCUGCUGAACUUUCCCAUAUCGACACCUUUACCGUGACAGAUACAACAAUUACACGUGUCGAUGGCUUGAAAGCAGCGCAGAUUCGCGAUUUUACCGUGACCAAUAAUAUUUACCUAAAGAGCGUGACCGCCAGCAAUAUGACCGCGAUCAACGGCAUGUUAAUGAUUGCCGACAACUCUCCCGGCUUUAGUCUCGAUUUAUCAUCGGUGCAGUCCGUGCGUUCGAUUGUAUUCCGUACCGUGGGCACUUUGAAUCUGAGUCAGCUGUCGAAAAUCAAUGGCGAUGUCGCGCUAAUUGCCAAUUCUUUUGACGAGUUUGCACUGUCCAAGCUUCAGAGUAUCGAUGGCACAUUGACAAUCUCCAACAAUAAACGGCUGUCGAAGUUAUCCUUCCCGGAAUUGACGCGCCUAGGCGGCACCUUGUCUAUUACUGAUAACCCCGAAUUGAAUACCAUUGAUGCUUUCGCUAAGCUUCAAGAAGUGAUUGGAACAUUGGAUGUGACAGGAGACUUUGCCGAACUGAGACUACCUGAUUUGAACGAUGUACGCGGUGGGUUGAAUGUGCAAACGUCUAGCAACAAGUUUUCAUGCCAGGAUAUGGAGAAACUAAGGAAUGGGGUGAUCAAAGGCAAUUCGUACACAUGCAAAGCGGCCGUGAUAAACCCUAAAUCCGGCAUUUCCCGUGGAAAUGGCGGUGGUUUAGGCACCAGUGCUGCUUCCAUGACAUUGAUCCAUCCUCGCUGGUCAGAUCUGUUCGUCGUCCUGGGAACCGUCAGUGCCCUGUUCAUCCUGGUCUUUUAAUCUUUACCAUCCAGCGAGUAUUAUUAUUCACGCUAUACUGGCAAUCGUCAUUAUAGUAUGUUAAAAAUCUCCAUUCCCAAUUAUGCUUUUGCUAUCAAAAGAAAGGAAUGAAAAGCAUCGAAAAGAGGCCAAAAAAAA